AUGCUCAAGCGGAACAUCCGCCUCAUCCACGGCCAGGACAGCCAGCAGGUGCUCGAGGUCCAGUACGCGGAGAUCACGCACUUUAAGGACAACUUCACGCUCAUGGCGACGGUGUCGGCUCUACUCGCCGGCUUCGUGUUCAUGGUCUUCGGCCUCGAGGCGGAGCAGAUCGGCGAGUACAGCAAGUUGCACGCGACGUCCGUCGCCUACAUGGUCGCGGCGACGGGCAGCCUCUGCGCGAACGUGCUGGUCGUCUGCCUCUCGACGCUCGCGUCCAUGCUCGGGCCGGGCCUCGCGCUCCGCGGGCCCGAGGGCAGCGUCGCGCGGGCGCUGGAAGGCAUGCGCGACGAGCACGACCGCGUCGUGCGCCUGUUUCUGUUCGGCGUCUACUCCUUCUUCUGCACCGUCGUCUGUCUGGCGUGGUUCGAGUACGAGUGGCCCGUGGCCGCGCCCGUCUCCGCGCUCGUCCUCGGCGGCAUCGUCGCCCUGCGGCGCGGCUCGCGGCAGCUCGCGCGGCGCUUCGCGCUGGGGGAAGAGAAGGCGGCCGGCUCCGGCGCCGCGCCGAAGCCGCCGGACGCGCCCCCGCCGGCGCCGCCGCCCGCCGGCGCCGCGCCCGCGGCGCUCGAGAAGCGGGGCCUCCUCCAGAAGCGCGGCCACGUGCGGAAGAACUGGACGACGCGGUUCUUCGAGGUCGCGGACGGGGCCCUGACCUGUGCCCUGACGUACCGCGACCGCGAGGGCGGCCGCAUGCUCCGGAGCGUCAUGCUCAGCGGCGAGACGAUCACCUGCGCGCCCGUCGACGCGGCCGACGGGCCGACGCGGCACGCCUUCGUCGUCAAGCUCCGGGACAAGGCCUACGAGCUCGAGCUCUGCGCGGCGAGCGACGACGACGUCGCGGACUGGGUCCGCGCGAUCUCGCGCAACUCCCACGCGGCCUUCCGGCCGACGCCGCUCAUGAGCGGCGCGCUGCGGGGGCGCCGCAUCUCGUCCGGGGUCCUGAAGCUCAACGCGGGCUUUCAUACGUACGCCGCGACGCUGACCUGCGAACGCCUCGCGCUCGCGGACGACGGCGGCGUCACGGACGUGCGCGUGGCCCGCGCGGAGGCCUGGGACGGCCGGGGGCGCCUGCGGGCCUACGCGCCGGGCUUCGCGGUCGUCGAGGACGGCGGCGCGCGCUGGGAGUUCUCCUGCGAGUCCGACGACGAUCGCGACGCGUGGCUCCGGCGCCUCCGGGGCUGCUGCGGCUCCCACGAGCACGCCGAGAGCUUCCGCGAGCCGCCGAGCGCGACGUCGAGCGAGCUCCCGGCGUUCUUCGCGCGCCACUCGGAGCACUCGACGAUGUGCAAGACGCCGGACUUUGGCGCGCAGCAGACGGAGGCGGUGAAGGCGAAGAUCCCCGCGGCGCCGACGAUGACGGCGAAGGACCGGUGCGUCGCGGCGCUCGGGGGCGCGGGCCUCUGGACGGGCCUCGUAGCGCUGCCGCUGCUCCUCAAGGACCGCUACGCGAGCGUCUUCCCCGCGGCGUGGUACGCCUACGACCCGGCGUCGACGGCGACGCCGAGCCCGCUGGGGCUGAGCCUGGGCAUCCUGGCCGUCGUCGUCGGGCAGCUCUUCGUGCUCGCGUACCAGUACGCGCGGUGGCGCGGGUCGACGCGCCUCGGCCCGCUCGUGCUCAUCCAGCCGAACGAGGACCGCCGGUACGACUACGCCGAGGGCGCCGCGACCCACCUGAGCCAGCCCGAGGGCUUCGUGCUCAUCGGCGGCUACCUGUCGCUCACGUGGCUCCUGCGCCUCAUGCCGCACGCGUACUACGGCUUCGAGGGCGGCGUCGACUGGGCCCGGGUGCUCGGCUGCCUCCUGCUCCAGGACUGCCUCCAGUACGGCAUGCACCGCCUCGAGCACAAGGCCCACCCGAAAAUCUAUCAGGAGAGCCACAAGCCCCACCACCGCUUCACGAACCCGCGCCUCUUCGACGCCUUCAACGGGUCGCUGCCGGACACGCUGAUCAUGAUCGUCGGCCCCCUCUACGCGACGGCGAACCUCAUCCACUGCAACGUCUGGACCUACAUGGCCUUUGGUUCCGUCUACGCGAACUGGCUCUGCCUCAUCCACAGCGAGACGCACCACUUCUGGGACCCGCUCUUCGACCUCGUCAAGUUCGGCACGGCCGCGGACCACCACGUCCACCACAAGCUCUUCACGUCCAACUACGGCCACCUCUUCAUGUACUGGGACAUGGCCUGCCGCACCUACAAGAGCCCGCGCAACGUCCGCCAGUUCGUCCCCAACGGCAAGCCGCCCCGGAAGUGGGCGGGCUCCGCGAAGCACGAGUGA